AAAUUGUCAUGUCUAUUAUACUUUGUCUAGAACGUACAUUUCCAAUUAUCCUAAAGCAAAAAAUAUUGUUAGAAUUUGUCUGAACACUUCAUAUUGCUUGCAGCAAAAACAAUAUGGUUCAUCUCCAUAUCUUGAUUAUGCAGUAGAUCAAAGUUCAUCAAGUGGGCGACAUAUGUUAUUGGAAGAAUUCGAGGACGAUGCAAUUGCUAGUCAUGAGAGCCAACAGCUUAUUAUAGACAGUCAAAAAAACAUUCAAAACGAAAAAAAGAAGUCAAGCACAAUAUGGACUGCUGCUAGAUUGAUUAGUUUACAAGACAUUGAAAAAUAUUAUGGCAAGAAGAAUCGUGAAGAGGCUGCCGAAAGCCUUGAAGUUAGUGUCUCUACAUUUAAGCGACUAUGCAGGAAGUAUGGCAUUCGCAGGUGGCCAACUGCCAAAAGAAAGAAAGACGGGUGUCUCAUCUCUGCUCGCAGGUGCAAUGCAUCGAUUGCUGAGUUGAGAACAUCUCAACCACCACAAAAUGGUGUGCCACGCGAGGACAGAGACACCAUUUUUAUUUCCAUGCAAAAGAGAAAAAGGAGGGAAAUAGAAGAAGAUAAUGUGGAUGCCAAUAAUCAUAGGGAAUUACAGCCUUUUGAAAUACAGAACUGUACUUCCAAAAGGCAGGCACUAGAUUGUGCUACUAAAGAUUCGUCUUGCCUCAAAUCAAUAAAUUGGACUAUUGAAGGCGUUAACAAGGAUCAGAGUCCCAAUUCAGAGUCGAUCAACGGUAACGUCAUGGAUGGUAUGGAUUUUACUCGUAUUGGAGUUCAACCUUCUCUCGAGUCAACAUCAAUACAGCAGUUGAACUCACUAUCCUGCAAUGAAAACACUGCACAGAGCGCGAAGCUUCUUUUCAACAACUUAAUUGCGUUGCCUCUGAAAGAUCUCACUGACCCCGAGAACGAGGCUUCCAUGAAAGAAACAUUGUCAAUCCUAGCUGACAAUCACCUUUUGUUUUCAGAAGAACAAGCCAAGAGGAUAGUUGAACUCAAGCUUGAAUUUACUUCCCUUGUGCAUAGCUGGAGAGAGUAUUCUCGAUCCCAGAUGCACAGUCAAAAGUUCUUCACUGACUUGGAGAAAACUAGAAUUAUGGAGGCGACUUCAGCGAAAGAUGAAGAGUGCCUCAAGAUUAGAUACGAAGAACUUCAAAGCAAGAAGGAGGAAUUGAUGGCACAAUUGGAGGCAGUGCAAAAAGAGCAGGAUGGGGUAGCUGAACAGAGGCGUGAAAAUUUCAAGCAGUCGAAACAUUUGGUUUCUUUGGCAGAGGAAAGAGCGAGUAGAACCAAAGAAAAACACCUGGUGAUGACAAUUACUAGUGCUAAGUUGAAUAACUUAGUUGAUCAAUGGGCUGCAAUACAAUCUCUCUUUAUGCAAAUUGGCUAGUACAUUAAAUUUGGUUCUAUAUUGUACCGUUCGACAUUGCCAAGUCCUUGUAGCUCAAUCAAGUAAAAGCCUUUGGUCAAGAUCCACAACAUAAUAAUUUAAAUCAUUUCUACAUCAUGAAAAUCUUUGUUUUACAUGUUUUUUCCAUCUUUACAGAUGGGACAUUUUGUAUGUGGUUAAGAAAUGCAAUAGGUCAUAUAUUGAAAAUAAUUGGCAUCAGCUUCAGUAAGCUU